AUGCCCUUCUCCCACCAUUCCCACUCCGGCCAGUUCUGCGGCCACGCUACCAACACCCUCGAAGAAGUCGUCCAAAAUGCCAUUAAAAAAGGCAUGACCAUCUUCUGCAUGACCGAGCACAUCCACCGCGACAGGAUUGAUUUCUACCCCAACGAGGAAAAGUCUCACACGCCUAAAAGUCUGGAACAGCUCUACGACGACUUCUACCACGAGGCGUCACGGCUACGAAAAGCCUACGCCGACCAGAUCCAGCUAUUCAUCGGAUUCGAAAGCGAGUGGAUACGCGACUCAAGCUUAGGUAUCAUAGAAGGGCUGCUGGCGAAUUACGACCUGGACCUGUUCGUGGGAAGCGUGCACCAUGUUCACACUUGGCCUAUUGACUAUGACACGCCCAUGUACCAUGAAGCAAGAAAGGUAGCCGGUGGUAGUGAUGAGCAAGUGUUUGCGGACUUCUUUGACGCGCAGUAUGCAAUGCUGCAGGUGCUCAAACCUCCUAUUGUUGGCCAUUUCGACCUCAUACGGUUGAAGAGCGAUAAGCCGGAUGGUAGCUUCAGGGUCUGGGCGGAGGUCUGGGAGAAGAUUAUGCGAAACCUCAAAUUCGUCGCUGGUUAUGGCGGUGUAUUGGAGCUGAACAGCAGUAGUCUGAGGAAGGAGAUGAGUGAGACUUAUCCGCAGGUCGAAAUCUGCAAGGAAUUCUUGUCAAUGGGCGGCCACUUCACGCUCUCAGACGACAGCCACGGCAUCGAUCAAGUCGGCCUGAACUACGGUAAAGUGCUCGACUGCAUCAAGGCGGCCGGUAUCAAUGAGAUAUGCCAUCUGGCACCGGCAGCAGAUGGCGUGAAAGUUAACGACAGCCGCUUCCCCAACGUCGGCUGGAAGACUGUAGCGGUCAACGAUCUCGAAGCUCACGGAUUUUGGAAGGCGUCGAACCAGAGCUCAUCAAGGUGA